AUGCUGGAAAAUUCAGGAAGGGAAGGGUUCAAUCCAAUUACAUUGAAGCUUCGUGAGGAAUUAUCAAGCUUGCCGUAUUCAUCAGCGGCAGAAUUUUUUGCUGGACUGAAAAAUAUAGCAAAUCAGUAUGAGGAAAGAUCUUCUACACUCGAGACCGAGCUGGCUUUCAUACAACAAACACUGCCUGAAAAACUAGAUGAACUGGGAUUAUUGAAACAAACGCUACUAAACAUGAGAAAAGAGAUAGUGGAACUUCGUGACGGGUAUAUGAACGAAGCUAAAACUAUUCUAGCUUCCUUGAAACAAAAUGUUCCGUUCGUAGUAGAAAAAAUGGAAAGUAUUGCUGAGAAAAAGGAAAUAUUGAGGAGACUUGAAUGUUUGGAAGAGGGUAAUCAGUUGAUAGCCCAAUGCAAAAGAUCAAUUGAGUUAAAGGAUUUGAACGAAUCGGAGAAACUUUUCGGUUUAGUUCUUAAACAAAGAACUUUAAUAGAAAAAGACACUUCAGAAACUUUUGAAAAUGAGUUCGAUGAUCUAAAAGUGCUCAUCAGAAGUUUUGUGGAAUCGGGAAUGUCGUCUAUUUUUAAAAAAGUUGGAUACCCAUUUGAGAAUUCAGUUGAUUUGAAACCUUUAGAUGGGGAGAUCGAUCAUUUAGUUAAAUACAUUUCUCUGUUAUACCGAACACAUGAGAACACCCAAGCUGGAACAGGAAUUCAAAUUAUAUAUGAGAAAUCUUUCGAACCUCUGCGUAAACGAUUUCUGUAUUUUUUUUAUGGAGAGCGAAAAACCAACAACAUAUCGAAGCCUCAAUGGUAUCUUUCGUUGGCUUUAUCUUGGUUCCAAACUUGCUUACCGUUCUUCGAGCACUUACAUUCAGUGAUUGGUAAAAAACUGACAAUCGAUUUAGAGCCCUCUUUGUAUUUCUUUGAAUCAGUAUCUAACUUGGUCUAUGAUAAAACUGAGAGUCUCCUUUAUGAUGAAGAUUUGUUGCGAGAAUCUUACUUAUUUUCUCAUCUCAUUGAUGAGUGUAUAUCUUAUGAAGAGCAUAAAUCAGAAAUUGAUGUAUGCCAAUUAGGUAGAAGCCUCAUGGAUCUAUUGUCACGUAACGAUAUCUUGAAAAUUUGGUUGACUAUUGAGAAGGAUUGUUGCAUUGCUAAAAUAGAUGACAUCUUAUUGAAUCCCAACCGUUGGAAAGCAAGGUAUGCUCUAUUAGAAGACGCUGACCAGUACUGUGUUUGUGAGUGUGCUGAAUCGUUCGUUUCGUUGAUUCAAGGACUACAACAGAGAUCGAGAUUGUUGAACGAAGAAAAUGCAAAAAGACAAUUCGUGGACCUUCAACUUAUUCUCGUCGAUGAUUUCCGCCAACGUUUAGUUCAGAUCGCGAGACAGGCUGAGUCUCCAUGGGCAGAGCCAUACCCUCAAGUUAUGAAUGCUCUAUGGUAUUUACGAGAUGUUCUGGAGGAAUGGAAUGAAACUGCACUCCUAGCUGGAGCUCUGCCCCAAGAGCAGCAAAGACAUGUUUUCAACAUCAGCAGAGAGUUCUUCGAACAUGUAUGGGGUCAAAUGGCAGAUGACGUAGUUACUUCUCUCCAUGUACAAUGUGGUGGGCUAGUUAAAGGCUAUCAACAACAGAAAUGGAGCUCGAUGGAAAGUAGGCUAUCCCAUAUGGAGAGAGAAUUAUCUGCUGCUUUCUGCCCACUUUUAAUGAAAGUCAGAACAUCGUUCUCUAAUGUCGGCUUCCAUUAUUCAAAGGUGUCUGUACAAAAUUUGUUCAAGAGAAUGACUAGUAUCAUAGGCAGAUCAUUUGUUGAAGAUGUCAUCAGUCAAACUUCUUUCAAUGCUGAAGGCGCUGCGCAAAUGUUGCAUGACAUUGAGAAAGGGCUUCUACCAGCUUUAAACUUCGUAUUUUCCAGAUGUGCGAUUGAAGGAUUUCGCGCAGAAUACGAUAAAAAUAUAACUAUUCUGCUGAGCUCACUGCGAGUUCUGUCAUUGAGUUAUGCUGUGGCAACUCUGUUGAGAGAAGAAAUCGGAAAUUCACCUGAUGAAACUGUUGAAGAAAAACUAGCCAGUUUGAAUGUUUAUAAUUUGAACAAAGCAAAUGUGGAGCUAUUGCUGAAACAAAGAUCGGACCUGGUCAAUAUAACCAAAUUUGGUCUAAAUUUUAAUUAA